AAUACUCGCUCGCACUGACAGUGGUUAAAUUGGUACGUCCCUGGGCGCACAGAGUAGAGGAGAGUACACCGCGAACGAACUCUUUGGGAGGAGAUAGUGAUUCUUUUUUUCCCCCCUCGAACAACAACAACUUCAUUCAGAUAUUGCACACAGGGUCGUUAAACUACAGCGAUCGAAGCUUGGGGGGGACCAAAGGAUUUGAUCUGCAAGUUUUUUUUUUCUUGAGCAUUUUUUUAUUUUUUAAACAUUAUUUUCAUAAGAAAGGAUUCUGUUGGAGGCUCGCUCGCACUCUCGACGCAAAUAUGAUGGUCGGGGAGAUCGAAGUGAAGGAGAGGCCGAGGCCGAGUCCCGACUAUUUGAUGCAAUUGUUGAACGAAAAGAAGUUGAUGACCAGCUUGCCAAAUCUGUGCGGCAUCUUUACACACCUUGAGAGGCUUCUCGAUGAAGAGAUCAACAGAGUGAGGAAAGAAAUGUACAGUGACACCGCGAAUGGCCUGGUAGAGAAACACCCUCUGGAUUUACCUGAGGCCCUGGGACCGAUCAUUCACCUGCAGGAGAAGCUCUUUGUGCCUGUAAAAGACUACCCUGACUACAACUUUGUGGGAAGAAUCCUGGGGCCUCGCGGACUCACCGCCAAACAACUGGAAGCAGAAACUGGAUGCAAAAUCAUGGUGCGAGGAAAGAGCUCCAUGAGAGACAGAAAGAAGGAGGAACAGAACCGAGGCAAGCCCAACUGGGAGCAUCUAAACGAGGAGCUUCACGUCCUGAUCACGGUGGAGGACACACAGACUCGUUCCGAGAUCAAGAUGAAGAGAGCCUUGGAGGAGGUCAAGAAGCUUCUGGUGCCCGCGGCGGAAGGAGAGGAUAAUCUGAAGAAGAUGCAGCUGAUGGAGCUGGCCAUUCUCAACGGGACGUACCGUGACACCAACAUCAAGACACACCCCCUUGCGUUCUCUCUUGCAGCGGCGGCAGCCGCCGCUCAGGGCCCCCGCCUAAUACAGGCACCUCAGGGGCAUAUGAUGGCCCCCCAUCAGCAAAUGAGGCCCCCCACACCAGGAGGCACCCCCAUCAUGAACAUCAUCCGACAACCCCAAAUGCAGGGCAUGUUGCACAAUGGCACCCCCACCCUGGUGCCUCCCUCACCGGACGGCGGCAUCAUCUACGCCUCCCCGUACGACUACCCGUACGCCCUGGCGCCCACCUCCCUGCUGGAGUACCCUAUUGACCACAGUGGGGUUCUAGGUAAGCGACCCUGGGGCCUGGGCGGCGGCCCCUUUAGCCCUGGACAGGAAGGCAGCUUGUUUUACCCUGGGUUUUUGGACGCGGCUUCGAUGAGCCACAGUCAGGACUUAAAAGGUGCAAUGGCUACUAAAGUGAGACGGCAUGACUCGCGGGUCCGUCCUUACCAAAGGAUUGUGACCGCAGACAGAGCCGCCACCGGCAACUAACACAUGACCUUCUGACCUCUGAACUCUUCACCCAAUGACGAGCCGCCCCAAGCCUGCCUGCUGAUCAGUUAACUGGUAAUUGCCUUUUGCUAGCUUCUCGGAUGCAGUGAGAGGGGCUCCUGUCUGUACAGUUACCCUAACAUGUUUUUGAUAAAAAACAUUUGGUUUUUAACACAAUAUCUAUCAUACAAACCCAACAGUUGGUUUUUAUUUCUUUUUGUUCAUUGAGUUGAAUUCCCAUUUAUUUUUCUUCAUGAAUCACAAACUGGGUGGAUGUGUAUGUAUUGUUACUAAUGAAUCUGCACUGAAUUUAUAUAGCAAUAAAGAUCCCACCCUCCGUGUCCACAACCCCACCCAUACCUGCUCUGAUUCGGUGAUCUCACUAGUAUUCACUAAACGACGCUAAAUGGGAACUGAACCCAGGCUGUCUCUCCAAAACAUGGCCUCAUUCUCCAUCCAACAUGCAAUGCCAAGUCCCUCAUUCCCUUAACCCCACCAACCCAUUCCACACCUACUUGCUGGCAAUGACAGAAAUGAAAGGAAAGAGAAGCUACACUCCCAACUUGUUCAUGUAGUCCUGUAUUUUGAAACUCUGAGACUUAAUGGUAUGCUGACACAUUCUGGGUGUGCCCUGAACACCUGUCUGUUAAAAGCAUGGCUAAAUUGAUUGCGAAUUGAGCUUAUUAUAAUUUUGUUUAUUUGGUUUUUACUUGAUUUUGUUUUCUCGUUAAUACACUUAUUAGCUCUGAAGAACUAGCCAGACGAAGCAGGUUGUAAGAACUCAAAAUGCAGCUUUUGUGGGGGCAGGCCUAUCAUGGGCAGUUAGAGGAAGCUAGGAGGGGCACUGGGGAGGAAUUGGGAUGAGGAGAGGUCUUUUAUUACUAUAAUGAAAGUAGUAUGUGUUGAGGGUUAGGGCACAGUGGAGCAAUGGAUAAAUAGUUGACUAGCUACUGACCUUAACUAUGCUCCUCUACACUUCCAAGUGUAUGUACAGUGCCUGAUGCAUUUGGAGAAUCCCAUCGAAUUAUACGAGCUGUGAUCUAAAAGACAAAAAAAAAGUAUUAAGUGUGUUUGUGUAAUUAGCCAAAGGGGUUCCAGUUGAAUUAUAUCUAUAUAAAUAUGUAUCUAACUGCAGAGAGCGUGCUGUAAUUUUAGAGCUUGAAAGGAUAUGAUUUCGUGCAUGUUUUAAGUGCGAGUUGACAGCCGAUCAAAAAGAUCAAGGUUGUUUAUCACACAAAGCUCUAGUUUCCCAUGAAGAGAAAAAGCCGAUUGACACUAAAGAGGACUUCCUUUUAUAGUGAAGUUUUGUAAAUUUACAUUUUGUUUUCAUUUUUUCUUUGUUUGAUUUUGCCUUUUGGUUAUAUUUACACCCCUGCCUAAAAUCCAUUUUCAAAUUGUUUAUCAGCAUUUGGCCAAUUCUUUUUGCUAGAAUAUUUUGUAGUUUUCUUUUAAUCUCUUUCAAAUUUGAUACCAAUCAAUUCUUUAUGGGGUCAUGAUACUUGCUCUCAUGAAAAUAAGAAUCUAUUUGAUUUGGGGAGGGGGGAGGGGUGUAUUUAUUUCUAACUCUCCUCAUACCGUUUUGAAGUCCCCCAAUUAGCACAUCCACAAUGUGUCUCCAUAAAGGUAUGGUCCAGCUCCUUAGCCCAUGACAGUUUCUCAUUCUUUCUCAAGAGAAGAAAAAAAAAAAUAGGAUGUGAAAGCCAUGCCUGCCUGUUCAGAUUGCUUUAUUUACAUACCUGUUAUAUAUGUAGAUACCUGUCAUUGCAUAUUAAAGAUAGAGAACACAAUUGGAUACUUUUACAGGGUGCUGGAGAAGAGAAAUAUAUUUUUGGCGAUUUUAGCUUUUUAUACUUCACUUGCAGUUACAAAAUAUAAAAAAAUGCAACAAAAAAAUAGUGUAGAGGAAUAAAGGUGGUGAUGAAGAUGCUGUUACUUUGGAUAUUAUUGGCUAGGAAAAUAAAGACCAAAAUAGUCAUACCUACAAACGUUGCAAGGAUGUAAGGGUUACGAAGCGAGGGAGAGACAUUCAGAGAAGAUAGAAAAAGUGCCUUAUCGACGGUCGUUUCUUUUUCCGAGUGUUAACAUUCUGUUCGAUAAUAUCCAGCACCAACGAGGAAUGUGCAGAGAGGAACGGCUUCUGUGAUAAGCUCUUAGGAGUUGCGCAGGGUAGCUCCUGUCAUUAUUGCUGAGCUACUGAAGUUAUUCUAUGCAAAAAGAAUAGCAGUCGUAUGACCAGCUAAAAUAUGUGCCAUGGUUCGUCUUCCCAAGUAUAAGUUAAGGUUUUUGUUUUAUGAUUCUUUUUUACCCUCUGCCAUCCGAACAAGUUGUAUUUCUUAUUUCUCUUCGUUUUGAAUUAGGUUAUCGCUAUUGUUGCAUUGAUUUCUGGUUACUGUGAUUAUUCUACCAAGAACAAACUGCCAAUAGCAAUGCAGAAGUCUGCCAGGACAUCUUAUUAAUGCGAAAUAAAUGAGGGACAUAUAAAAUGAGUGUGUAACAGGAGAAGAGGCAUUUGCGUGUAUACCAAUUUGUAAAAAAAAAAAAAUUUAAAACAUGCUAAUGCUUUCCCACUACAGUUCGGUAAUGAAGCCAAGUCAUGACUUCAAGCCCCAAGAUGCUUUUUCCAGAUAGUAGUCCAGAGGUGUUUUCUAUUGGAAGGGGAGGCACUGAUGAUGGGGCUUGAGCUGGGUGAAGUUUAUUUUUUACUAGGUCUUAGUCAAAUGUUCCCGCCACAAUGUGCGUCCGUGCCAAUUCUGGAAGUGAUCAACAUGCCGUAUACAGACUAGAAAAGGGGCCUUACCUCUUUAUGGCUAACACAUUUGACUUCACAACUAAGCAGUUUUUAGUUACUCAAACUAAACGGGGUGUAUCUAAUUACAAAGAAAAUAAAGUAUAUAAAAUCGAGACAUUAUGGAUUAUUAAAUAUUUCACCUUCCCUGGCAGUCUGACACUUUAUUUUUCUCAUACAUGCUGUCACACAGAACAUGUUAAUGCAUUUGUUUUCAGUGUUAUGAAUUCUUCUAUUAAAAAAAAAUGCAAUAUUAAAGUGGAGCAAGAGAUGACAAUUCAGCAUUUUGACAGUAUUAAGACAUAUUCCCUCUGCAAUGUUACGCUGUGUCAUCGUGUAAGGUUGGUUUAGUCCAUCAUGUGUAUGGUGAACUGUACCGUAUUCACUCUGGCCUGCCUACUACAUGUAUGAUAAUGUAAUUUACAGCCAUUGUUACAGGUUUAUAAUGUAUUUUUCUAAUCUCAUUUUAUAUGUAUAUUAUACAAUCUUUUUUCUGACUUUCUUUUGAUGCCCACUGCAACUUGUUUUUUUUAACCCCCCCCCCCCCAUCUUGAAAUCUGUCUCUAGUGGGGAGUGUUGACUUUACUAGAGUUAAAUUUGGUUUUCUUGCCAAAUCCUAGCUUGUUUAACUCAUUAGCGACUUUAUUCGUUUUUCUUGUCAUAAGUAUUUUUACAUGCUUGCAUUUAGUUUUGAUGGUGUAUGCUGUUAUUUUUCUUAUUAACCCCUUGGCAUUUAUUUUAAUAAAACAUUCUUAGUAAGAAUUUUA